AUGGGGAAAGUUAAAGCAGUAAGAGGGCUUGGAUUUAGAGAUCUAGAACAGUUUAACCUUGCCAUGUUGGCCAAGCAAGGUUGGAGAUUGCUCCAGAAUCCAAAUUCACUAGCUACUAGAGAUAAGUGGCUACCACAUCCAACUUCUUAUAGGAUUCAAAGUGGAGUUAAAAGUCUUGAUACAGAGGCAAAUAUGGAAGCUCUUAUUAAUCCAGUUACAAAAUCUUGGAAGAUGCAGCUUAUUAAAGAAAUAUUUUCUGAAGAAGAAGCAGCCAACAUGAGCCAAAUUCAUGUUAGCCUUUGCAACAGCCCUAAAAAAAUCUGGAGUUGUACAACAAAUGGAAUUUUUUUUGUGAGAAGUGCCUAUCAUCUGCAAGUAGAGAUUCAACAGAGGGCUAAGGGACAAUCUUCUAACACCUAUGAGCAAAAGGAAAGAUGCGGUAAGCUGGCAGUUCCAAAUGUUGAAAAGGUGUUCCUAUGGAAAGCUUGUAAUGAUGGCCUACCUACAAAGAUGAAUCUCUUCAAAAAGAAGGUUGUUGAAGAUUGUAGUUGUCCUAUUUGUUUACAGUAUGAAGAAAGUAUUGAACAUGCUAUAGGAGAAUGUGAAUCAAUGAGAGAUUGGGACAUUACUAAGCUUAGGGUUGUCUUCAAUCCAAAUGUUGUAGCUGAUGUUCUCAAAACUCAUUUGUGUUCUGUUGUAAGUGAAGAUAAGAGAUUGUGGGCUAAUGAAAAGAAUGAAAUGUUCAGUGUUAGAAGCUGUUAUUGGUUCAUUUUUUACCAUAUGGGUUCUCAAUCUGCUGAAUCCUCAACUAUGCAAAAUCUGAAUGUAUUAUGGAAGCACUUGUGGAAGAUGAAGGUCCCUAAUAAGGUAAAGAUUUUUGCUUGGCGUGUAUGCAAAAAUAGUCUUCCUACAGGAGCUAAUCUAAUGCAGAAGCGUGUUUUGACAGAGGAUAUGUACAGAUUGUUGUUUUCUGAGUUGGGGAGAACAUAUAUUGUAGCUGUCUUAAGGGAUGCUUCUGGUAGGGUGUUAAUGGCUGUAAGUAAAGCUAAAACCGAUAUGGAUGGCAUUAAAGCUCUAGAACUGAUGGCAAUUUUAAGGAGAUUGCAAUUGUGUGUUACCAUGGGACUCCCGAAACUUGUUAUAGAAAGUGAUAGCUUGAUCUGUAUUGAAGCUUUACAGGAGGGAAGGGAAUAUGGUAGCUGA